CGCCAUUUCCCAUUUCGUAAUCGCUGUGAUUAGUAAAGUGCUAGCUUUUGCACGGGUUUUUACCUCGUUUGUUGCUCUUUUGUGAAUUAAGUUGUGAAGGCGUUACAAUGCCUUCUAACCUACAACCUCGCUCAUUUGAUGCAAGGGUUUAUCUACAUAUAAUCGUAAGAAUGUUUGCUUGCGUUAAAUUUGUAGAGGACGGAUCCACAGAUAUUGUUCAUUUAGAUGAAAUACAAAAAUCUGAUGAUGAUUAUGAUGAUGAUGGAAUUUAUGAGAGUUCUAAAACAUAUGAAGUGAAACAUAAGGAUGGUUGUUAUUAUAAAGCACAUGUGUUAAGUGUUGCUGCAUCCCCUGAAGAGGCAACAAAACUAGCUAUGUCGAAACGGUUGCGACUUGUCAGUAGAUGUUUAGUUGUUGAAAACAAGUGCAACACAAACGAUCACAGCGAUAGUCAUAAUCAGAACUUAAAAUUAAAAGAAACAGAACGUCAUAACAGAAAUGCCGACGAAAACAUUAUGAGUUUAGAUAGUGCAUAUCACACGUUUACUUUAAUGAAAAGAAUAGUUGAGGAAAAAGAAAAGAAAAUCAAAGAACUAGAAAUUGAAAAUAAAGAACUAUGUCGUCUUAAUACAGAAUUACAACUUAAAGUAAUAGGGAAAUUUCAAGCUUUGGAUGAAGUUUUAACAAAUAUUAAUGUUAUGAAUGGUAAAACGCACGGUGAACACACAGAUCGUAAGGCGGCAAUCGCUGAAAGAAGAGGGGGCAAUGUACACGUAGGGAAGGGGAUUUGGUUACCACAAAUCAUGUUUGACAAUAUAUACAGAAAGAAAAAAGACACAAUAUUUAUUAAAGAACUAGCUGUUGCACUUUUUGGUGAAGACGUUUUAAAAAGAUCUUCAUUAUUUGGAGGAUCAGCCAAUAGAACGCGAGAAGCUGGAAGACCAGCAUUGGAUGCAAAAAAAUUACUUGCAAUGAAAGUUUUUAUGAAUUGUAUUUGUGCUAUAGAUAUACUAAGGUACAGACUGCAGGAGAAAGGAGUUGGUAAAGUACAGGAGGAAUUUGUAGUAAAAAGUAUGAAGAAAAUUUUAAAUGAGAAAAUACAAGACUUGAGAAGGGGCCCUCGAAAAAAUAAAACCAAAAAACCUAAUGAAGCCAAAGAAAGCAUGGCAGAAGAUACAGAUGAACCAUCAUUAGGGACUAUUAGAAUUAAAACAGAACAAAUCACCAAUGGGUCAGUUCAGGAAGUUAAAGAUGAGGAUCCGUUAUUAUCAGAUUAGACUUCUGUAAUUAAAGUUGAUUGUUGGAACUGUGUUUUAAAUUAAAGAUUUUUUGUUGAUAUGACAA